UAGCGCUUGCUCCUUUUGACAGUGCUUGGAACCGCACCCUAACCCUGUUUUUCUUUUUUUUAAAGUUAGCGUACAAAAUACCGCCUUCACGGCUUGCUUCUUUUUUGAGGCAGGGUUUCACUUAGCAGCAGCUGGCCUUCAACCCUUGACCUUCCAGCCUGUACCUCCUUGGCGCCCUGGUGGCUGAUUACAGGUCCACCCCGGAAGAAAGUCCCAGCUUCCCAGGGAGAAUGGUGAGGAUCUUGGCCAAUGGGGAGAUCGUUCAGGACGAUGACCCCCGAGUCAGGACUACCACUCAACAGAGAAGUAGCAGUCCCCGGCAGGGCUUUUUCAACAGAGGCCACGGCGUACCUCCCGGGGGUCCUGGACCCCGCCAGCAACAGGCAGGCGCCCGACUGGGGGCUGCCCAAUCUCCAUUCAGUGACCUGAACCGGCAGCUGGUGACCAUGGGCUUCCCACAGUGGCAUCUUGGGAACCACGUGGUGGAGCCUGUGACCUCCAUCCUCCUGCUCUUCCUACUCAUGAUGCUCGGGGUUCGUGGCCUCCUGCUAGUGGGCCUGGUCUACCUCGUGUCUCACCUGAGCCAGCGGUGACCUCUGGGGGGUGGGGGGCGGCUCGGCAGGGUGGGAGUGUUCAGUAGGAGAGACCAUGCCACAGGGGGAGGGAGCUUGGAAGGUGUGAUGGGUGUGAGACUGGGAGUGUAGAUUUUCCCUGCUGUAGGAGGCAGAGGGACUCUCUGGGCCAGCAUUGCUGAAAAAUAGAGUCCUGCGGUUUCCUGGAAUGUUUUUAGGGGGUAUAGGGCCUCCACUACAAAGCACAAAGCAGAGUAAGAAAGGCUUAGUAUGUUGUAUUCUCCCAGAACACAAGUCCUCCACCAGGCGCAAACCUGACUCUUAGAGCAGCGGGGAACUAACUGUCCAGAGUUUUAUAACAUUCCUUCAUUUUAACGGUGUCUUUUUUAUUGGCUGCUUUUAUUUAUGAGGAAGGAAGGACAUUGGCAUUCUGCUUAUUAUGAUAAAGUCUCACUGUGUAGCCUUGGCUGGUCUGGAACUCAUCAUGGAGACCAGGUUGGCCUUGAGCUCACAGAGAUACUCCUGCCUCUUCCUCCCAAGUGCUGGGACCAAAGGUGUGUGAUACCAUGCCCGGCUGUUGUACUAUUUUCAAUAAAUAAAUUGGAGUCCCUUUUAAGAA